CCGCGCCCCAUACGGACGCACCCCUGCACAUGGAGCGCCCCCGGGGGCUGCCCUGAGGCGGCGGCGGCGGCAAUGCAGCCAGCGCCGCGGCAGCCGGGGCCAGGAACGGCCGCCUGGAGCUCGGAGGACGCGGAACGCGCCGCGCCCCGGCCACUGACCAAGGAUCUUCUAGUGACUGGACUCUCCCCAGCUGGUAUCUGGGAGAUGGCAGCAGCUGCUAAUUCAGCCUUGCAGACAGUUACCUGCCGGCUCAGCACCAUUACUUAGAAGAUAGAAUUCGAGAGGAUCCCCCUCCCCUGGAGCCAGCGUGGGGGUGGGCCAGGGCCCCCCCACCCCCGGGAUGACGGCUGCGAGCCGGGCCAAUCCCUAUAGCAUUGUGUCCUCGGAAGAGGACGGGCUGCACCUAGUCACCAUGUCAGGGGCCAACGGCUUCGGCAACGGCAAGGUGCACACGCGGCGUCGGUGCCGAAACCGCUUCGUCAAGAAGAAUGGCCAGUGUAACAUCGAGUUCGCCAACAUGGACGAGAAAUCGCAGCGCUACCUGGCCGACAUGUUCACCACCUGCGUGGAUAUCCGCUGGCGCUACAUGUUGCUCAUCUUCUCGCUGGCCUUCCUUGCCUCCUGGCUGCUCUUUGGGGUCAUCUUCUGGGUUAUUGCUGUCGCCCACGGUGACCUGGAGCCCGCUGAGAGCCGUGGUCGCACCCCCUGCGUGAUGCAGGUCCACGGCUUUAUGGCAGCCUUCCUCUUCUCCAUUGAGACGCAGACCACCAUCGGCUACGGGCUGCGCUGCGUGACAGAGGAGUGCCCCGUGGCCGUGUUCAUGGUGGUGGCACAGUCCAUUGUGGGCUGCAUCAUUGACUCCUUCAUGAUUGGCGCCAUCAUGGCCAAGAUGGCACGGCCCAAGAAGCGGGCGCAGACGCUGCUGUUCAGCCACAAUGCCGUGGUGGCAUUGCGUGACGGCAAGCUGUGCCUCAUGUGGCGCGUGGGGAACCUGCGCAAGAGCCACAUCGUGGAAGCCCAUGUGCGAGCUCAGCUCAUCAAGCCACGGGUCACCGAGGAGGGUGAAUACAUCCCCCUGGACCAGAUCGACAUCGACGUGGGCUUUGACAAGGGCCUGGACCGCAUCUUCCUUGUGUCGCCCAUCACCAUCCUGCAUGAGAUCGACGAGGCCAGCCCACUGUUUGGCAUCAGCCGGCAGGACUUGGAGACCGAUGACUUUGAGAUUGUGGUCAUCCUGGAGGGGAUGGUGGAGGCCACGGCCAUGACCACGCAGGCCCGUAGCUCCUACCUGGCCAACGAGAUCCUCUGGGGCCACCGCUUUGAGCCGGUGCUCUUUGAGGAGAAGAAUCAAUACAAGAUCGACUAUUCACACUUCCACAAGACCUACGAGGUGCCCUCCACGCCACGCUGCAGUGCCAAGGACCUGGUGGAGAACAAGUUUCUCCUGCCCAGUGCCAACUCCUUUUGCUACGAGAAUGAGCUGGCCUUCCUGAGCCGUGACGAGGAGGAUGAGGCAGACGGAGACCAGGAUGGCAGAAGUCGAGACGGCCUCAGUCCGCAGCCCCGGCAUGACUUUGACAGGCUCCAGGCCGGUGGCGGUGCCCUUGAGCAACGGCCCUACAGAAGGGAGUCAGAGAUCUGAGCGCCCUUGGCCUGGGCGAAGCAUCUACUCUGACAGGGAGAGGCACCAGUGUCCUUUCGGGGCUCAGGGUUUGAGCAAAACAGGGCAGGUGCCCCCCUCCCCCCAGGUUGCAGACUCCGUAGCAUUUUAGUUAUUUUAUGUUUCUUUGCAAUAGUCUUGAAGGUUGGCGGGAGAGUGGGUGGCCCGGGGAGGCAGCCCCUGGCUUCAGAAGCCAACACGGCCACAGGGGCAGGAAGGAGGCUUCCUGGGACUCUGGGCCAUGGGAGCCACGAGUUUCUAUUUCAAGAUAGAUAUGUAGCCUGCCUGGAAGCAGCUGUGUGUGUGUGUGUGUGUGUGUGUGUGUGUGUGUGUGUGUGCGUGUGCGUGCACACGUGCAUGUGCACGCAGACACACACACACACCUUGCUGGUUUUUUAACUUGGGAAAAAGGUUCCUGCUUCUUUUUUUCCCCAACAUUAACUUGGAUAAGACUGUUUACCAAAAACAAAACGAGACAAACUAACAUAUGAUUUGAAAAAGAAAAAAGCAUUUAAAAAAUUUUGUGGGGAAGGGGGAGGACAAUUAGUAUUCCAUAGGUCUGCUGCAAUGCAAGUAAGUGGAUGGAGGUUCCAGAAGGUUCCUUGAGACUGGUCUGAUCUCUCCCUUAUGUGUGCUGGGGUCCUCCAUGGAUCAUCCUGUUUAGGGGGUGAAUUAGGUAGUUUGUGAUGGAAGAACUGAACCCAUGUGAAUGACGAUAAUAAAAAGUUUGGAACGUUUCUGGGGUGGGGGCCGGGGCUGGGAAGGAAAGAAUUUGAUCUUCUUGGGUUUGGCUUUGUACCUCAGAGGUGCGUUUCAGGGCAGGGUUUAGGAGCUGCCCCUCAGGGUCCACUCCCCUCACCCCAUGCUCCUGUUUUGCCUCUCUCUCCAUUUAUGCCCAGGGCUUCCACCCCUUGCAUGGUGAAGGGUGGUUGGAAACACAGGAGCGGAUGCCCCUUGGGAAGGGAUGUGGGUUUCCACACACACAGGAUGCGGGUCAGCCCCGCUGACAUCCCCACCGGACCCACAGUGUGAGUUGUGCCUUAGAAACCCUGGGUUGUCUGGUUCCAG